GUUCUUGGUUGUCUUGAAGGUGACCCUGCAAACACCAGUAAUAGGCUCCAUGCCGAGCUUCAGCAUCGCCUUGCGGCUCUGCUUCUCGCUUCUGCUCUGCUCAGAGCUCCCGCUAGCACCUGCAAAUCCGUCUUCGUCGUCGUCGUCGUCCUCCUCCUCGUCCUCCUCUUCGUCUUCUGACUGUGACGUGACCAAAUCGAUAUCCCGAGGAUCGGAGGUUGCAUCGACAGCGGCGGCCGCGCUCGGCCGGCCGGUU